AUGGUUAAUGUAAAUGCUAGUAAAUUACUUUUUGCUACAGCUUCGAUAGAUGCAGAUGAAGCAGAAAAACAACGUCGAUUAUUUAUACUUGGAUUAAUGAUAUUAUUUGGAUGGAUGUUAGUUAUUGUAUUUUGUGUUUAUCCACAGGUAAUUGUUAAAAUUCCAAAACUAAGCAGAAAAAAUGGAAACAGAAAUGUACAAAAUAAAAUGCGAAAAUGUUCAAUGAAUGGAACUUAUUUACUUUAACUACCCACCCCAAAAUUUUGUAGGGGGAUUUUUCAUUUAGAUUUGGACAAUAUAUAUGUCAAUCGAAAGAGCUCGACGAGCUGAGUCGAAUGGUAACAAAAUCAGCUCGUUUUGAUGAUUUUGAACGAAAUUACGAGCAACUGAAUUUUCGCUGGAAUAACUGCUUUUGUGUGGUUAGGGGGGUAGGUCCGAAUUUCAGGGCUGAAAAUCGGUAAAAAGGUAUAGAUUUAUGUUACUGGUGUAUAACUCAGUGAUUUUUAACUUCCCGCGAGGCGUUUGUCGCAAAACCGUCGCGGAAUGUCGGGGUUUUGCACUAGGUUUGCUUUGACCAUUUUGAGCCCAUUUGUCUCCGGUUAGACUUGUGACCGUGGGCUGCUU